ACUCUGGCCAGGGAGACGGACAAAAGGAGAGGCGUGGACACGGGACGCGAGGUAGACAGCGCCCGGCGUGACGUGGCGCGAGAGGGAGAGCGGAGAGGGGGGCUCACCAAACUGCAAAGUCUGUCUCCUGACUCCUCGCCGGCGUGCCGGAUCUCCUGUCUCUCUCGCGGUCGGCGGCCGCAUAGCCUCGUUCACUCGCACGACACAGGGCAGGGGGGCGAUGGGCUGCGCGACGUCCAAGCAGUUCAGCAGGAGCGCGCCGGCGCACGCGGAUCCGGCCGUGCUGGCGACCCAGACCUCAUUCACGGUGAACGAGGUGGAGGCGCUGUACGAGCUGUACAAGAAGCUGAGCUGCUCCAUCGUCAAAGACGGGCUCAUCCACAAGGUGGAGAUCGACCGACGACCCAUCUCGGACACAGGAGGAGGAAACUCAGUUCGUGUUUCGCCGUCACAGGUCUUCGAUCUGUUCGAUCUCAAGCGGAACGGAGUCAUCGAUUUCGAGGAGUUCGUGCGGUCGCUCAGUGUGUUCCACCCUAAAGCAGAUACGUCGGAGAAGACGGCGUUCGCUUUCAAGCUGUAUGAUCUGAGGGGAACAGGCUACAUCGAGAAAGAAGAGCUCAGAGAGAUGGUCUUGGCGCUGCUUGAUGAGUCCGACCUCUGCCUUUCAGACAGCACCGUCGAGACGAUCGUCGAUAACACGUUCAGCCAAGCGGACUCGAACGGAGAUGGCAGGAUAGAUCCUGAAGAAUGGGAGGAGUUCGUGAAGAAGAACCCGGCAACGUUAAGGAACAUGACUCUCCCCUAUCUGCAGGACAUCACCAUGUCAUUUCCGAGCUUCAUAAUGCGUUCAGAAGCCAGUGACUGAAAUGUUUGCGUACAUCUGCGUGUAAGGAAGCACCGUUCCAUCAGCUCUGCUGUUUGUUGGAGCCUACAGCUUAGUCCAUGGCACGAGGCACCGGAGAAAGUUCAGAAUGUAGCAGCAACGGCCAGCAGAGUGCAUGAGGGUUGCUGCCAUAGCUGCAGGCUGCAGCCAAACAAAAUGAUGACCAAAGAUUCAUCUAGUGUCAGCUUCAGGGUUCAGAUGGUAUACCAGCCAACAAUUUUCUUUCUCGGUAUCUAAACACCGUGGAUGUUGCGUUUAAAAAAAUUGUUGCAGAGGAUCAACAAGUCUGUUCAUCGAAGCAGUGCCUGAGUUUAGAAUCAGAAGCUAACUGUCUAUUGCUGAGAUGCUUUCGUCUAAAUCUUGCGUGUAGUUGUAACUGCAAGGAAAGAAUAACUUGUGGAGAGUUGGAUUUGUUGAUGAACCUUAGUAGUUCUUGACUUGGUUAGUUGUUUCCACAUUUCUUCGCAGUGCCAGUGCGUGCACUUGUAACUUGCAAAUUCUUCUCAAUCCACCCCUAAUCGAAGGGUGGAUCCAGUUCCGCAUGUAAUGAGGCAAUAUCAUCAAUAGUUUAUGCUUCGUUUAUCGCA